AUGCCGCCCGCCAAAGAAAAACUUGGGCUUGCAAGCGACUUGCAAUCGGAGGAUGGGGACAGUGAGCCAGAAGACGGAAGUACAAAGCAAGGUUCACUUGCGGAGCGGGGAGAUGAGCGCGCGGACACGCCGUUUCCCGAGCUUCACGGAGGCAUGGACGAGGAAGUGAACGGCGAUGAGUGGGAAGCGAGCGCCGAGGAUUCGGCGAUGGUGGCCGACCACACCGCCACGGCGGUGAACGACGUCGAGCCUCGAGGCGAGCCGCAGGCCAGUCCCGUGCACAUGGAGCAAGCCGAGCUGGGCUCGCAGGCAGCCAGCGGCAGCACGGCCACUACGUCGACCAACUGGUCAUCGCCCAUGUCGACCGAGACGUCGUCCACGUCCAGCCACAAAACGCCCACCAGGAGGUUGGAGAGGAGGCCAGAAAUAUGCUGGGUCCACGGCUACCAAGGCAACGGCCCAUUUAACAACCUCCACGUGGUCCGCUCAGGUGAGAUCCUCUACAAUGUGGCGGCUCUGGCUGUCCUCUUCAACCGGUCCAAGCACCAGCAGCGCUUCUACAUGGGACACUCUAUGGACAUCGACUGCAUUGCGUACAAUUACAACGAAGACGUCGCGGCGACGGGACAAGGCGCUGGCUUCAACCACGCACCUCCGGCUCACAUUCGCAUUUGGAAGACCGACACACUUGAAACGCUGGCAGUUCUUGGGGCGGGAAUAAUAAACGUAGGGCUGUCGUGCCUUGGAUUUUCGUACCAGGUGAGAUACAUAAGCUUCGUCAUGUUAGCGCACAAAGAACUUUGUCUGCUCAGUUUUUGUUUCACAAUAAAUUUUCUUUUCGGCAUCCAGACCCUGAUCCUCCACACUAAUAUACUCGGCAGCCAAACAAUCGUUUCCUCGCACUCGGCGUUAGAAACAUGUGGACCUCAGGGCACGCUCUUAGUUGCUGUGGACUCUAGCCACGACCACGAGCUCUCCUUGUGGGACUGGCAGAAAAACGAGAUCCUUGGCAGAGCUGUUGCAAAUCCAGCUCCCGUUCUGGGCUGCCACUUCCCGCCGUCUGAGAACGAGCUGUUCCUGACGUUCGGCGUGCAGCAUCUGUGCUUCUGGAGGAAGGGAAAAGAGAACUACCUCGACCGUCUGGACGCCAUCACCGCUGAUUAG